AUGUCUCCUUAUUCUCUCUCUUUGUUGGUCUCUGCGAACCCCAUUGCGCAGAGACUUUCUUUGUUAACUCCUCCUUCAACCCUUUGUGUUCCUAACCACAUAACCAUAGCCAAGUUCUCGCAUUUUCACUCCUUUUCUUCUUCACCACUCAGUCUCACUAUGAAUGGACUUUCAUGCCCAUCUUCUUCUUUGCUAUUCAGUGCUCCAAAGUCUUUUUCUUUUCACAUUUCAACUCCAAAAAUUGUAUCUUUCAGGGUCUUUGCUACUUCUCUACCUGAGGCUAAAAGUGAUGACCCAAUCAAACCAAGUGGUUUGUUUCACACUAUGCAGCUUGGAGCCAUGUUUGCAACUUGGUACCUCUUGAAUAUUUACUUCAACAUUUAUAACAAACAGGUUCUAAAAGUCUAUCCAUUUCCAGCAACAGUUACAGCAUUUCAAUUGGGCUUUACUACGUUGAUGAUUAAUUUGAUGUGGACUAUGCAUCUCCACCCUAGACCAAAAAUCAGUGGUUCACAGCUUGCAUCAAUCCUUCCACUGGCUGUGGCUCAUACAAUGGGGAACCUGUUGACCAACAUUAGUCUUGGCAAGGUUUCUGUGUCUUUCACUCACACAAUCAAAUCUAUGGAGCCCUUUUUCACUGUUGUUCUUUCUUCCCUUUUUCUGGGUGAGAGGCCCACUUUAUGGGUGGUUUCUUCACUUGUACCAAUUGUAGGAGGAGUUGCACUAGCAUCAGUGACUGAAGUCUCUUUCAAUUGGAUUGGGUUCAUUACUGCUAUGGCAUCUAACCUUACUAAUCAAUCACGGAAUGUUUUGAGCAAAAAACUAAUGGCCAAUGAAGAGGAAACUAUGGACAAUAUCAAUAUCUACUCAGUUAUAACCAUCAUUUCCUUUAUCAUGUUGGUCCCAUGUGCUAUAUUUUUGGAGGGUGUCAAGUUUACUCCUUCAUACCUGCAAUCUGCUGCAAGCCAAGGAUUGAAUCUUAGAGAGCUAUGUGUGAGAUCAGUUUUGGCUGCAUUCUGCUUCCAUGCAUACCAACAGGUUUCUUAUGGGAUAUUACAGAUGGUAUCACCUGUGACUCAUUCAGUUGGAAAUUGUGUGAAGCGUGUGAUUGUCAUAGUCUCUUCAGUUAUCUUUUUCCAAACUGCUGUCUCACCAGUUAACACACUUGGAACUGCUGUUGCACUUGUUGGAGUUUUCUUGUAUUCAAGGGCAAAGAGGAUAAAGCCAAUGCCAAAGACAAAGGCAGCAUAA